AUGGAAGGCCUGAAUUUCAUGAUUAGGCUAGCAAGGGAGAACAGAUGGAUUAGAGGCUUCUGUGCUAACAGAAAUAUGGGCAAUGCUAUGGAGAUAUCCCAUCUGCUUUAUGCAGAUGACUCCCUAGUCUUUUGUGAAGCCGAAGUUACACAGAUAAGGCAUCUGAGAGCUAUCCUGACCAUUUUUGAAGGCAUUUCAGGGCUCCAUGUUAACUGGCAGAAAAGCUGCCUCUACCCAGUCAACAAAGUGCCUAAUAUGCAGAUCCUAGAAGAGAACCUAGGGUGUCAAGUGGCUUCCCUACCUACUAAAUACCUAGGUAUACCUCUCGGAGCAAAGAAUAAGGAAUUGGAAGUGUGGAAUGUGAUUCUGGAGAGAAGUGAGAAAACUAGCAAGAUGGAAAAUAAUAAUCUGAAGUACACAAUUGGUAAUGGGGAAAAGACUAGUUUCUGGAACGAAGUGUGGAUUGGGGAAGAAAAUCUGAAGACUACCUUCCCAGAUAUGUGCAUGUUGAGCUUGCAACAGAUGGACAAAGUGGCACAAGUAUGGAGUCCUCAAGGGUGGAACUUGAUUUUUAGGAGGGCUUUUAAAGACUGGGAGAUAAACAGAGUGGCUGAACUGCUGCAGGUCCUAAAUGGUUUCCCAGGAGUACAUGCAGGUCCUGAUUUGCCAGUUUGGAAGUUGCACAACAAGGGCUGCUUUACUGUGAAAUCAUGCUACUGGACACUGAAUUACAGUCGUCACUUGUUCUUGCACUGCAGAACAGCUGUAGAUCUGUGGAACAUUGGGAAGGAGUGGGGAGAGGAGGGUCACAAGAAGACUAGUGGAGGAGCAUUCCAGCAUGUAUUUGGUGGACAUUAUGGAGAGAAAGAAAUGAAAGAGGUCAUGAUGGAAUAG